UCCUUCUUUCCAAACAAUAAUUUGAUGCGCAUUCAUUAUUUUUUUCACUACAAGACUGAGCGGGUGCAUUUCUGCCUGAUCCUUCUAGCGAGUGGGCUACAUAACCGCGACGAUACCUCACCGGAUGAUAGUGGCUAUUAUUGUACUCUGACCUCUAUUGAAAUGACUAUCCAGCACCAAGACUGUUGCGUCCUUCCAGAGGCACCGCGCGGGCAGGCUACUCAUUGGAUGAACGUCCGCCGCAAUCCGUAGCCUAUUCCAGUGCCCUUUUCUUCUUAUCUUCUCGGAAAUGCAAUAACAGUUGGGGUGGCUUUUAUAGUGGUAAAACUCAAGAGGAAUACUGCAAGUUGAGGAAACGAACAAUGUGACACGUACAGUGCCCGACAAAGAACGACGAGGCUGUGUAUCUGUCCAUCAGCGUCUCCUCCCACCUGUGACCUGGGUUUUCCUCUCCUGCCCUCCGAACACUCUUCUGAUGUGUUAAAGCACACUUUGCUGAACAGUUUGAUGGAGAGCUGGUCGGAUGACAGCUGGAACUGUUGUCAUAACCGGAGGAAUUCUCGCCACGGUGAUUCUCUUGGUUAUCAUAGCAGUGCUCUGUUACUGUAGACUCCAGUAUUACUGCUGUAAGAAGAAUGGGUCAGAAGGGGACACCGGCUCCAUCACGCAGCCCCAUUUUGCCUGCAAUGCGUGCAGUGCACCCGGGGUGGAUGGGGCGGCCGUCACCCCCCUCUUCCCAGAGCCCACUGCCCCCCACGCCUCAGGGCCUCCCCGCAACUACUGUCCCACCUGCUCGCCCUACGAAUCACCCUUCUACAUCCGCACCACCGAUGGGAUGCGCAACGGUGGCGAGCGCAUCACCUACAUGCCCACUCACUAUGAGAACCCAGCGCUGGGUCUCGACCUGCCCUCCCUGCAUGGCUCCCUGCUGAGCACCGGCCAGCAUCGCGGCAACCCAGCACCGGACUUCUAUACCAACACUCGCGCUAUAAGUACAGAGGUGUGACCCACUUCGUAUGGGGUCCUGGUGGCUCAGUUGGUUGGAGCGUGCUGCUUCCAACUCUGGUGUUGUGGGUUUGAUUCUGUACACAGAAUAUUUGUUCAUUUUCGUUUUGGAUAAAAGAAACUGGUAAAUUACCAUAUUUUUAUGAGGAUGGCCACUGGUAGCCACUGUCUCUCUCUGCUGACCGCUACAGAGAAGAUGAUGGAAAAGUAGCAUUGAGAGACAACAUGGAGCAUUGACCACUUGAUCUGGUCAAACACUUCCUGGUUCUCUCUCUCUCUCUCCCUACACUGUCAGCUAGCUUCCAGCUGGUUCUCUCUCUCUCCCUACACUGUCAGCUAGCUUCCAGCUGGAUUCGGGUAGUACUGUUUUUAUUUAUUUAAAUGGAGGUAGCUAUGUUUGUUGUUGUUUAAACCCCCCUAGGCUCCUGUAAUACAGAGGCAGAUAUCAUCCCUUUGUGUUUAAUUGACUAAGGGGACAAGACCAAGACCUAUCCACUGUCUGGCAAGGUAGUGUGUGGGAUUCCAAUCUUCACUGUUUGAGGGCUAUCUGUAUUGUGGUUUCACCUGCACCUACUCUUUGUCAUUUCCUUGUAUCUGCCAAUAGAGACAAAUGAAAGCUAACUGCAUUUGAGUGAUGGUAAUCAGAAGAAGAUGAACAAUCAAGUCUCCUAAGAGUAAUGCAGAAAAUACAAAGAGACAGUAACUACUUCAGAGCUUUCUCUAUGCAAGCUCUUUCACAAUCAAACCUGAAACGGUUGGAGAGAAAAGCCUAACAAUGCAGCUGUCAAUUGUAUGUUUUUCUUUUUCAAAAAUGUUUGUCAUAUGUAACUGGAACUAUUGAAAGAUUAUUGUUUGUUGUCUUCUGUUAUUGAAAGAUGUAUGUACUACGCCGACUUUUGAGACCAUGGAAUUUGAUUCCAUAAUAUUACGACUCAAAUAUUGCAGUUUAAAAGAUAGUUUUAAUGUAAAGACAGUGGCAUUUUGUCAGUGGGUGAUGAUUUGUCCGUUUUGUCUCUGUACCCGUGUCAUUGAGUUGGGCUACCACUCUUUGCUCAGAGCACUGAAGCUACUGUACGGUUCAAAUUAACAUAUUGUAUUUCUCUUUAUUGACAGUGAUGCAACAACUUGGAAAUGUAUAUAUUACCAAAUGCAUUGAAGGCAUUUAUAAUUAUUUGUUUGUCUCCUUGAUUGACUGGCUGAUGACUUUUGGGAUUCGGCCACAAUGUAUUUUUAAUUGGGACGUGCAAGUCUGGUAUAAUUUAGAUGUAGUUUGUGCCAUUUUUGUGUCCACACUUCAGAUCCCCUGAGUGUUGAUUCUAUGAACUGUAAACAUCCAUGUCUUUACACAUUUGAGUGUUUCUUUCAACUUGUGAAAUAAAAUAUCUAUGGUAAUUGGUAACAAAAUACAAUUAUUAGCCUAUUUAUAUAAUUAUAUGGCACUCAUUUUAAACUCCUAUUAAACAAUAUUGCUGGC